GACUUGUGUUUUAAACAGUCACCUCUUAGUGCCGGGUGCGAACGGUUUGUUGUGGACUUGUGCGUGGGAACUGGGUAUACCGCCGUGGCCGCUGCAGCGUUAGUUUGUGUCCGUGUGUGGAAAACCGAAAUUUUGAAUGUAAAACAAAAUUGGCGGACAAGUUUUGUUUUUAUAAUAAAUCGUUGAUUACAAUAGUGUCCGCUGUGGAUUUUACAUACGAAUGACCAACGACCUCAGAAGGCGAGACGUGAAUUAAUUAAUGCACUGUGGACGGGGAUUCGUAAUCUAGGACGACUUGACCUGAGAUCAUCAGCAGCAGAUGCUCAGAGUGAAUCCGGACGAGGUGAACUGCAUUACGAAUCAUGAGCACGAGAUUCCAUAAAGCGGCUCAAGAUGGUUUCGUAAACCUACUGAAAGAGGCAACCAAAAGAGAUUGUAACGCCAAAGAUGAUGACGGGAUGACGCCGACGCUUUGGGCGGCUUUCAAAGGACACCUGGAAGCGUUGAGAAUACUCGUUGGCAGAGGAGGUGAUCCGGAAAAAUGUAAUUACCAUCUUGGACAAAAUGCAUUACAUCUGGCCGCGUCUAAAGGACACUUGAGUUGUGUGACCUUUCUUGUCGGUUUCGAUGUCAAUUUGUGGGCUUUAGACUUGGACUUUCUCACGGCAAUGCAAUUAGCAGCCAUACAUGGUAAAUCGCAAGUACUCCAAUACUUGGAUAAAGCGGCCGCAUCUCAAAUAAUGCAGAACAAGAAAAAAGUUGAAUCUAAGAAAGAAAAGGCACAGAAAGACGCAGAACGCAACCAAAAGAAGUACGAAGAACGGACGAAAAAAGAAAGAGAAAAAGAGAAAAAGCAAAUUAGAAGGGUAGAAAAAGAAUAUUUAGGUGGCAACAAAGCAGAUUCGGAAACUGCUAUACCUACGGUUCGAUCAAUUCCUUUGUCUUUACGCAAAUCGUCAUCAGACCUGUCCUGUAAGUCGUUUACAGAGAUCGUCGGAUCGGGUACCGUGAAAAAACCGUUUGUUAGCUCGGGUGGAGUUAAGAAAAUAUUGGACAGGAAAAUGAAGGCGGCAGCGGCAGCGGUGGACGCUCACAACAAAACCAACAAAUCGUCGUUCAAAUCGAUAAAAGAGGUCGAGGAUAGCACGAGUGUACGAACCAUAACGUCCAAUGGAGAUUCGCAAAUUAUUUAUGUCAAUUCGUACGAGAACGAGAACGGAGGGAAAAGAGGCAGGAUAUCGGAUGUGUUUGAGUUGCACCGUACCAUUUCGCAGCCGAACUUCAUGAUGGACCUACAGAACGACGAUGCCAAUAAAGUGCACUGGCACGAUCAAGGUAGCAUGUUCGAUCGACCGGGUUUCGGAAGCGUCGCGUUCAGGCAAAACGUGACCACAAUUCCAGUACCAGACGUGUCUAGGGCGACUAUUGAAGACGAGGCGUGCAGUAUCGGCAGCGCUGGAAGUCUAGUGAAGCGGAACCAGCCGAGCAGCACAAUGUCCUGGGACGAAUUUCAAAACAGCGACGAGGAAAACAUCGCGUUGAACGGGCGCAGUACAAAGUGGUCGGCCGUGCACAAGUUCCUGGUGUCGGCGGGCGUCGGCGAGUACGUCAACAAGUUCGUCGAGCAGCGGGUGGACCUGGAAGCGCUGUUCAUGCUCGACGACAGAGACCUGAUAUCGCUCGGUCUGCCACUGGGCCCCAGGAAGAAGCUGCUCGGCGCCAUCGAAGAGCGGACGAGGAGACGCUGUGCUCGCGAAAAUAUUGGCGACUGCCCGGACGCGAUGGCUCCUGCAAAAUCGCUGAACGAGUGUUAGUUGAUAAUUUUAUAAAAAAAAUAACACAUAAUUAUGUAUCGCGGGUAUUCGUUGUGGGGAGGUGUGCAGUAUUAAGCGAGGCUGCGAUUUUAAAGCAUUUACAGUAUGAUGUGCAUUUCAAAAAUGACAACUGCAGACUCGUCUUUAAACUAAAUAAUAUAAAAAAAUAUUUUAAAUAUUCAUGUGUAUUCAUCAAGCAUACGCAUAAUAAUCAUGUAUGUAUAAAUUAAUAUCGAAGAAUACGAUCAAAAGCAUUUCAAAUAUUUUUUUAUCUGAAUUCAUAAUAAUUUAUUAUUAGGUACUGACAAGUCGUAUUGACAAUAAUCUUAAAAUAGAUCAUCUUUGGAAGUAAAGUUACAUAGUGCUAUACAUUUUUACUUCGGCAUCGAAAAUCACAAUACAAUUUUUUUAAAUAUUGACCGAUCACGUUUGAUAGAUUUUUGAAAAAAAUAAAAUAAAUUAUGUGUGGUAUAUUAAUAUUGUAUAAAAGUAUUAUAAUAGGUAUUUUUUUAUUAAGAGUAUAAGAUUAUUAUGUUGGUACUCACUUACAUACGCUAGCAGUAAUAUAUUAAAUAAAUUUCAAUCAAACUCAAUUUCUUCUACAAAAUAAAACAUUCAAAUGCAUUAAAAUUCACAGCACUGGACCGUAUAUUUUUUUUUAGCGGCAACUAUGCACACAACUUCUUCACCGGACUGCAUGCUAAAGGUGGAACUGAAAUUCAAUUUCGUCCUUAUACUGUAUAUGGACUAUGGACGACCGUUACUCGUGAGCUUUUCUAGUACGACUUUGUUUCCUUUAAUCGACGUAAAUACGCAAAUACGUAAAUAAAUAUGAACAUUUUAAGCUAAAUCUUGAACUAAAAUACAAAAUAUAAUAUAGCACUCCGUGACUUUUGAUCGAACACCCGCGAUAGGUAAGGUAGUUAGUUAUAAACUAUUAACGACAUAUAUAAUAAUAAUAUGUAUAAUAUCAUGUAUAAGGUAUACUAAUAUUUUUAUAAUAACUAAGUAUUAAGUCGGUACGCGUUUGCGUUUGUGCAUUAUUUCUUGAACUAUUGUUUUGCUCUGCUUUUGGUUUGGACUUGUACCUAAUAUUAUUAUGUUAAUUUGUGAUUCGUGUUGUACUUGUUUUCUAAAUGAUAAUUAUAACGUACAUCUCUACUUUUACUAUAUUAAUAUUUUAUGAGACUCGUGUAUUAUAAUAUAACUAUAUAAGUUAUAACCGUACAAUAUGUAAACUGGCAAUGGUAAUAUUAAUUAUUAAAUAAAACUAUGCUUGUGAUUACGUAAACUUACCAAAAUAAUUAAGUAUUAGCAUUUGUCAUUAGCUGUAUACUCUAUAGGCACUUCGAAUGACACUCUCGUUUAGAUUCGACGAAUAAGUAAAACAUAUUUUAAGUUGUAUUAUAAGUAUUUAUUAUAUAUUUAAAUAAAUCUGUUUGUGGCUAAUAAACCCAUGUAUAUGAUUUA